AUGACUACUGUUAAACCUCUUGUCCUGCCGCCUGGCAUCGCACCAUCUGUUUUCCAUCAAUUCAUAACAGAAGUCACUGAAGUUGCAACCGCUGAAAAUGUUAUCGUCAUAUCCAACCCUGACCAGUUAGACAAGCAGGACUACCGCGACCCCAGCAAGAUGCACGACAUGUUUGACAUAACCUCGAAGCAGCAUUUUGUCUCCUCAGCUGUCGUCACUCCCCGCGACGUAGCCGAGGUCCAAGUAAUCGUCAAGCUGUGCAACAAGUUUGAGAUUCCCCUUUGGCCAUUCUCCGUUGGCCGAAAUGUUGGGUAUGGUGGUGCUGCUCCACGUGUACCAGGCUCGAUUGGUCUUGAUCUUGGGAAGCAUAUGAACAAGAUCUUGAAGGUUGAUGUUGACGGCGCUUAUGCUCUGGUCGAACCUGGAGUUACAUAUGCAGAUCUUCAUCAGUAUUUGGUAGACAAUAACCUUCGUGACAAACUGUGGAUUGAUGUUCCUGACCUUGGGGGCGGAUCCGUGCUGGGAAACACUACAGAGAGGGGAGUUGGCUAUACUCCUUAUGGUGAUCAUUUUAUGAUGCACUGCGGCAUGGAAGUCGUACUUCCCGAUGGCACACUAGUCCGUACGGGAAUGGGUGCUUUGCCAAACCCAGACGCGGAUCCAAACGCCCCUCCACACGAGCAAGAGCCCAACUCAGCGUGGCAACUGUUCAAUUACGGCUUUGGUCCCUAUAACGACGGCAUUUUUACCCAAUCAUCUCUUGGUAUUGUUGUCAAGAUGGGCAUCUGGCUUAUGGUGAACCCUGGUGGAUAUCAGUCAUACUUGAUCACUAUUCCCAAAGAUGAGGAUCUUCAUCAGGCCAUUGAGAUCAUCCGACCACUUCGGACUUCGAUGGUGCUGCAAAAUGUUCCCACUGUUAGACAUGUACUUUUGGAUGCAGCGGUCAUGGGAUCUCGAGAUAAGUACACGACGUCGAAAAAGCCACUCAACGACAAGCAACUCGACGAGAUCGCGGAGAAGCUCAACCUGGGCCGUUGGAACUUCUACGGAGCACUUUAUGGCCCUGAACCCAUACGCAAGGUUAUGUGGGAAGUCGUCAAGGGUGCAUUCUCAGCCAUUCCAGGGGCCAAAUUCUACUUCCCGGAGGAUAUGCCAGACAAUCUUGUUUUGCAGACUCGACACCUUACCUUGCAGGGCAUUCCUACCAUGACUGAGCUUGAAUGGGUCAACUGGCUUCCCAAUGGAGCCCACCUGUUCUUCUCCCCCAUCGCCAAAGUCACGGGCGACGACGCGGUCGCUCAGUACGCCUUGACCCGCAAGCGAUGCGAAGAAGCAGGUUUCGACUUCAUUGGAACAUUUGUCGUCGGAAUGAGGGAGAUGCAUCAUAUAGUGUGUCUUGUCUUUGACCGUCUCGAUCCAGAGUCGUGCCGUCGAGCGCAUAAUCUCAUUAUUCAGUUGAUCGACGACGCGGCGAAGAAGGGUUGGGGAGAGUAUCGCACUCAUUUGGCAUUGAUGGAUCAGAUUGCGCAGACUUACAACUUCAACAAUAAUGCGCAGAUGCAUCUCAAUACCACCAUCAAGAAUGCAUUAGAUCCCAAGGGAAUUCUGGCGCCCGGUAAGAAUGGGAUAUGGCCAAGCGGCUAUAACGCAAAGGACUUUGCUGUAAGUCCACAGCGCUCUACAAAGCUGUAG